GCAUUUUGAUUCUGGGAGACUUUCAUAAAAAACAACCAAAAGCCUUAAUGGAAAUGUGUGCUUGCACAUUUAAAAGUGACUUUGUUUUAAAAGAAGUUAUUUUAUGAGUCAUUUGGAGGAAAGUCUGAUUUACUAACAUGUUGGUCUCUUGUCUGAUAGCAUAAGCAUCUCCAUUAUUUGUAGUAUUGUUACAAGACUCCAGUGCUUUUAGUCAUGCUGGGGAAAAACAUCACUCUGGUCAGUGAAUUCAUCUUGGUGGGCUUCCCCACUGCCCCAUGGCUACAAGUCCUGCUCUUCUUCCUCUUCCUUGUGGUCUACUUGCUGGUGAUAAUAGAGAAUCUUAUCAUCAUGCUCACUGUUUGGAUCACUGGCUCCCUCCAUAAGCCCAUGUACUAUUUCCUGAGUAGCUUGUCCUUUCUGGAGGUCUGGUAUGUCUCUGUCACAGUCCCCAAGAUGCUGGAUGGAUUCCUUUUGCAGAAACGGCGCAUCUCCUUCACAGGUUGCAUGACCCAGCUCUACUUCUUUAUCUCACUCGCCUGCACAGAGUGUGUGCUUCUGGCAACCAUGGCCUAUGACCGCUAUGUGGCCAUUUGCCACCCUCUCCAAUACCCAGUCAUUAUGACCACAGGUUAUUGUGUACAGCUGGUGGCGUUCUCCUAUGUAAGUGGUUUCAUGGUCUCUGUCAUCAAAGUUUAUUUCAUUUCACAUGUUGCCUUUUGUGGUUCUAAUGUCAUGAACCACUUUUUCUGUGAUAUCUCACCAAUCCUUAAGCUGGCUUGCAAAGACAUGUCCACAGCUGAGCUAGUGGACUUUGCUUUGGCUAUUGUCAUUCUUGUCUUCCCACUCAUCACCACUGUCCUUUCCUAUGUAUACAUUGUCUCCACCAUUCUGCGGAUACCCUCCACCCACGGAAGGAAGAAAGCCUUCUCCACCUGUGCAUCCCACCUCACUGUGGUCAUAAUUUAUUAUACAGCCAUGAUUUUUAUGUAUGUUCGGCCCAGAGCUAUUGCAUCAUUUAAUUCCAACAAACUAAUCUCAGCUGUGUACGCAGUCCUCACACCCAUGCUAAAUCCCUUCAUCUACUGCCUUAGAAACCAGGAAGUAAAAAAUGCUGUCAAAAAGACCAUGGGGGUUGGGCAGUGCCUCCUGCUUAGCUAA